GUCACUUCAUUCUGAUCCACUGACCAACAACCACCAACCGUGUCUCUUGGUGUCUUCUCUCAUUCGUACUCGGUCCCCUCCCCAUGUUCCUCAUGUCAAUUUCAUCUGAUCUCAUGUCUUUCCACCUCGCAUACCACAUCUCCCCUCCAACAAUGUCUUCUCUGUGACAACAUUGGGCCUUUCUUGAUGUUUCUCACCUCUUUGCCAGGAGCAUUCAUCCCUUUCCUCAUGUCGCUCUCUUUGUGUCCCAGUCGCUGAUCCGGAAUCCGUCGCUGGUGUGACAUCACCUUAGAACCACCAAACCACCCCGUCUCCACCGCCCUAAAAUUCCACGGGCAGGCUCCCAGAUACAACAUUCACACAGCUUGAAUAAUUUCAUUCUUUUCAACAUCGAAUGGCUUCCUCCUCAGCCCGAGCCUCUCCUAAUGUCCCCCCGGUCAUGCCAGAACAGUCUCCUCAACUUUCCGGCUUGAAAAAGGUUCUGUCCAGCAGACGCCGCUCUUCAGACCUCCCCUCAAAUUCCAGCCUCAAGGACUCGCGUCAAAAGUCUCUCGAUUCUCUUACUCUCGAAAGAUCUCCCACCAGGCGCAGUAUUGGCUCCGAUGGUCGUGAUGAUGCCAGCUCAAAGUCAGGCUCUAGUGGUGUCCGAAAGUUGCUGCCUGGCCAUACCAAGAGGAGGAGGAGGAAGCUUCAUGAAAAGGAACUCAAGGCUGUUGUCCAGGAUCUUGACAGACAAACUCAUACCUCUCCCAAUACUUUACUCGAGCCAGUGCCCCCUGCUCUGAGCAGGCGUACAAGUAGUCUUGGUCCAGAUGGCGACAGCAGUCUUCUCACCGACGACUCUGAGCUCGAAACUCCGUCUCUGAUCUCAAGGGAUUCGCAUACCGGCUACCUGACCAUGUCCUCUCCAUUAAUGACGACCAAUACCACUCUAUCUGACAGCUAUUCCGCCGACCAGGCGCCUCUCCCCACCUCUGUUUCCAAGAAUCCCAUUUCGAGGGAGCCCAACCAGGACAAGCGCUCUCCGUCCCCAAAGAGUCCAGCCAUCCCCGAACCUUCUCCUUCUUUUUCGCCAAUGGACCGCGCAGCGACCACUGGCGGCUUGAUUGAUCGAGCAGAUACACUCCAUCCUGAGUCGCGCAAGAACAGUGUCUCCAAAAUUCGAGGUAUCUCUCCUGGCCGAAGGCUUCGCGAUGUUUUGGGGAAAUCAGGCAAAAGCCCAAGAGUAAGCCCUGAAAGACGGUCAACGGAUCUUGUUCACACAUAUACAAGCCCCCUCAGUCAACCGAGUCUGGUACCAGAGCCAGAGACAUACCCAGAAAAACUUCCGGAAACUAUUGUUCCAAUACCUCACCCUCCUGAGAAGGACGACAUACCGAUGCAACCCCCUCUGCCACCCCCGGUGCAGAUUGACCGACCUCCGAACAGCUCAAUGCCUAAUCUCAACACCAGCAUCAGACCGAUGACGCCUCCUGCAGCCUUGAUCAACACCCCCUUCACCACUGUCACUCCCCCAACUCCCACCGAUGCUCGCCAUGACGAUAAUUCCACUGGCUCUCCACGUCCAGACAGUAUUGUUCCUAAAAUUGGAACUGAAGGCUCCGGUAUUAUAGUCAGUCCUUCUGGCAACAUGAUUUCUCAUCGCAAAACUCGUUCCACAUCGUCAAUCUCGCACCAGCCCAGCAAGCUUUCGAAUUACAUUACCGCACCCCUCACUCCAACCAACGAAGAACCCAAAACCACGCCUUUGACCGCCUUUGGCAAUCGAACGCCGAGUGGUGGCUUGUUUUCUUCCUGGAUGUCAGCAGCACAGAAUGCUGCAACAACCUUUACGAACUUGACAACCCAAAACCGGAGUCGAGCAGGCACCGCAUCCUCAGAUCCUUCUAUAAAGCCAAAGCCCGUCGAUGAACCCAUUAAAGAGGAAGAAGAGGACGAAGCAGAAUCUUCCGAGCCAGCUAUACGUCGAAAACAACUCGCAGUGGAAACCUUGGGGUCGGGUGACUUGAACUUUGAGCACCUAGGGUUGAGCACGGAGGAAAAAUCGUACCUAACUCAUGACGCCGAUAAUCCUGAAUUGCGCAAAGAUUCUACCAUCGAACGCGAUGUUGCUGCUGCCAAGAUCGAGGAUAUGAUGGCAAAACGCGCCGUGUCUGCUGCCUACGAGCAACGACACUCUAAUGGAGGGACCCCUGUUGCUGAGAUAUCUGACCCCCUCACCAUGGUAAAGCCAUCCCAGACUUUUGGCGGCCACAUCGGUGGAGAAAGAACACCGCCCAAUGGAAGUAUUCUCGAUGGCGACACAACCUCAAUCAAACGGACAAACAGUGUCCGGAGCAAGCUUGCCAAAAGGAGAUCACGAGGUUCUUCCACCGCAACUGGACAAUCUGCUAUCGGUGCUAUGAUAGGAGCAAGCAACGCUGCGUUGGCCAAUCCCGCCAAAGCCCCUCGUUUGCCUGGUGUCACUCCAGCGCCGAAACAGCGAAAUCGUAACUUCCACCAACAGUUUAGGAGCGUUCCGGAAGAUGACAAUCUCAUUGAAGAUUACAGUUGCGCUUUGCAGAAAGAAAUCCUCCUGGCUGGCCGCCUUUACAUCUCUGAAGGCCACAUUUGUUUCUUCAGCAAUAUUCUGGGUUGGGUGACGACCGUGGUGAUAUCCUUUGAUGAAGUUGUCAGCAUUGAACGCGAGAAUACUGCCGUCGUCUUUCAAAACGCCAUUGCUGUGCAAACCUUGCAUGCACGACAUACUUUCCGCAGUUUGAUCUAUCGCGAGCAGACGUAUGACCUUCUGAUCGGCAUUUGGAGAGUCAGCCAUCCGGCCAGUUUCCAGAAGAGCAUGAAUGGCAAGCAGAUUGCGGCCGACGACGUCGACAAUGCGUCCACCAUCAUUCAAGAAAACGGCGCCAGCGCUCAUGUUUCCGAAGACAGUGGUAGCGACCAAUCUGACUCGGACGACGAUAAUGAUAGUGCUCCAAGCAUCAUAGAAAGCAGUGCAAGUAACCCUGCUAGUGAGCUAGCGGAUCCAAAGACGGUGUCUCGCAAAACAUCCGCCAUGAAUGCUUCCGCUGUUGCGCAAGCUUCGAGUAUUCUGGCUGGAACAGCUAAUGACCUGCCUCCCGCUUUGGCGGGGCAAGCAGGCGUGCCAGACGCCGCAGGCCCAGACUUCCCGGGUCCAGCAACACACGGCCCAACCGAAUGCACAGACUCUGCUACUCACUAUGACAAGAUCAUCAAGGAUGAGAUUCUGCCUGCCCCUGUCGGAAAGAUCUACUCUCUUCUCUAUGGUCCGGAAUCUGGCAUUUUCGUCCGCAAGUUCCUCAGUGAUGAUUGCAAAUGUACAGAACUGGUUCUGGAGGACGACAAAAAGGGACUCAAUGGCGAGAUUAAAAGCCGACAGUAUACCUAUAUCAAACCUCUCGGAGGCUCCAUUGGACCCAGGCAGACUAAAUGCAUCACCACCGAAAAUCUCGACUUCUUUGACCUUGAAAAGGCAGUGACUGUCACUUGCACCACGCAAACUCCCGAUGUCCCGAGCGGUAACGCCUUCAGCACCAAAACACGAUACUGUUUGACCUGGGCGCCUGGUAAUGCCACGCGCCUUCAGAUGAACUGUACGAUUGAAUGGACGGCCAAAUCCUGGCUCAAGGGCCCCAUUGAAAAAGGCGCCAAUGAUGGACAACAACAAUAUGGUGACGCCUUGGUCAAGGUUCUCAAAGCCGCUGUCAGUGGUAGGCCUAGAGGGACUACUAAUGCUAGCAAGGUCAGCAGAUCUGGCGGCAAGAAGAAGCGAAGGUCUGAGAAAAGAACCCGGGAAGAAAAGAUUGACGAGACAACCAAGGCCAAUGUUUCGUGGGGCAUUCUUGAACCGCUGAGAAGGCCUCUGCAACCAGUCACUGACAUCCUCGGGCCGGUCGUCAAAAUGGAAGUUAUAGUGGUAUUCCUUUCAUUCAUGGUCCUUCUACUCUGGUUCAGAGGCUCCGGCUCAGGAAGCGCCCACCUUGGCGCAUAUCCAGGAUACUCGGGCAGCCAGAUAGCAUCGUCCGAGCGGUUAGCCGCCUACGAGAAUCUGUGGGUUCGCGAAGAGAACGAAUUUUGGGACUGGCUCGAAGCGAGAGCAAACGUCGACACGAUUUUGUUUCGAGAACAAAUCCAGAAAAAUCGCAGACACAAAGCGGAAGAUGCCAGCGAAAGCGCCAAGCAACGACAGAAACAACGCAAGAGAACAUUAUAUGGUCGCAACGGAGUCAAGGAGGUUGAAACCAAAAUCAAGGAAGAGAAGAUCUCCCAGCGAGCCAUGGAAGAUGCGAUCAAAAUCACUAGGGACAGAUUGGAAAUCCUGGAACAUGUAGUCGAGAAGAACAGAAAGAGUCGUGCGGCUAAGAGCAGCAGCAGCAGCAGCAGCAGUGGAAGUACCGGGUAAUUGAUGAUCAUGAUCCAUCAUCACUAGGUGAUCAAUGAGGGACCUUCAACAACCGGAUCCCAAACUAAUGAUCUGGGUGGUGUGUUGUCAGAUCUGGUCUAAAGCGAGUGUUUUGUUUCGCCUCCCCUCUGACACACACCUCUGUGUGUCGAGCGCGAUCGAGCGCGUUCCGAGCAUUAUUCAUAUGUACAUCAGAAAGAGCGAGAGCGAAUUCUUAUUAGCAUAGCCCGUUGACAGGAUAUGCAAUUGUCAGAACUAUACACGAAGUGAAUGACCUAUCAAUCUCACAUGGUCUGACAGAUAACAAGAAGAGUGCUAUUCUCUGUCCAAGUCGUAUUAUCUAUCUCGUCAU